AUGAGUCUAGUCCGGGAGAAGUUCUGGGUACCAAAGCUGAGGGCUCAAGUAAAAAGGGUCAUACACAACUGCAACAAAUGUAAGCGAUAUCGGAUAAAGCCAGUGUUGACUCCGGGAUCAACAGCCUCAGCACAGCUGCCGUCAUUCCGUACAGAGUUCUCUGAGCCUUUCGACGUAACAGGGGUCGACUUUGCAGGCCCAAUCUAUUAUCGCACCAAGUCCGAGCAAGGCAAGGCAUACAUCGCGCUGUUUACGUGUGCAGCCACUAGGGCAGUCCAUCUAAAGCUCUGCCCGGAUCUAUCAGCACCAAACUUCCAGAGAGCGCUCAAAGAGUUUGUCGCAAGGAGAGGAUGUCCUCAGAUGAUCGUGAGUGACAAUGGAAAGACCUUUGUGGCAACAGGGAAAUGGCUUUCAGUGCUAAAGAAGGACGAAAGUCUAUCAAACUAUUUGGCCUCUCAAGCGAUCAUCUGGAGAUUCAACAUGUCACGAGCACCUUGGUGGGGAGGCUUCUUCGAGCGCCUAGUCGGUGUCAUGAAGAAUGCGCUCUCUAAAGCAGUUGGGAGGAGCCUUCUCAACUACUGCGAGCUUGAGGAUGCGCUCCUAGACGUAGAAACAGUAAUGAACAACCGACCAUUAGUGUACCAGGGGGAAGAGUUUGAUGAACCCGUCAUCACACCCAACCUGUUGCUCAGGGGGAGACCAGUCCCCAUCCUCGAAGAAGACUUAGAGAAGUUGUCAGAUGCCGGAAACGUGACACGACGGAUGAGGUUUAUACAGCGUAGCAAGGAAGACCUGAAGAAGAGAUUCACAAGAGAGUACGUACGAUCUCUAGAGGAGAGACAGCAGAAGCACGAAGAACGCAGUGGUGAACAGCUGAAGGUGCCGGAGAAAGGGCGCGUAGUCCUGCUCAAGGAGGAUGUCAAGAAUAAGGCUCAAUGGAAGAUUGGACGAGUAGUGGAGAAGAUUACAGGAAGAGACGGCGUAGUCCGGGGAGUCAAACUGAAGAUGGGGAACGGAUAUGUGAUAGAACGCCCUCUUCAGUUGAUUUGCGACCUAGAGAUUGGUGGGGAUGAUCCGGGGAUCAAGUUAAACCCUAAGGCGCAAGUAUUCAUCCCAAGAGUUGGGUCAAGACGUCAGGCAAAAGACAGCGCCAAGGACAACAUCAAGUCUUACUGGAAGAAGACUAGAACAUUUAUGCUGCUGUAG